AUGGCUGUCAUCCUUCUCUUUCUUCUCUUUCUCUUCACAUCUUCUACUGCAACAGCUCAACCAAAACAUAUAAACAUAACCUUAGAAUCUUCUCUCUCAGCCACCACCCAGCCCACUUCAUGGCUCUCACCUUCCCGCUUAUUCGGGUUCGGUUUCUACCGUGAAGGCACCAGCUUCAAGGUCGGAAUAUGGUUGGAGACAAGCCCAAACAAGACUACCGUGUGGACAGCCAACCGAGAUGACCCGCCUGUUUCUGGCAACAGUACAUUGGUCUUAAUGAACAAUGGUCUCUUUCUAAAAACUGCUGGAGUCCCAGAUAUGAUCAUUUCAGGUAAUAUCUCACCCCUUCCGGUGUACUCAGCUUCGAUGCUCGAUUCAGGCAACUUGGUUCUCUACAAUUCCGAUUACAAAAGCAUCUGGGAAAGUUUCAAUUAUCCGACUGACACCAUCUUAUGGGGUCAAUCCCUUCUUCCGAACAAUCAACUAUUCUCAAGCGCAUCAGAAACUGACCAUUCGACCGGGGGCUUUCAGCUGAGCAUGCAAACCGACUCAAACCUCGUGUUGUACCCGAAAGACACUGGUAACACUCCUGGCGAUGCAUAUUGGGCAACAGGGACUAAUAAGCCAGGAAACACCCUGAGACUACAGCUCUACCAGGAUGGCUCCCUGUACCUAGUCAAUGCCACUGGCUACAAUACAAGUAUCGUGGCAAGACGGGCCGUUGCUAAUAACGGAAUUGUUAUCUACCGUGCGACCCUCAACGUUGAUGGGAUUUCCGCUUGUAUUCCCACAGCUUCACACGGAGCGGUAUCUCAACAAUGA